CGGGCCGGAGGCAAAAGUUUCUCGAGCACCAGGAUGAGGGUGGGCCUGGGCGGGACCCCUCGGGAGGAGGUGCUGAACGGAGCACGCCGACGAUCGGGGCCCCGGCGCAUCACAGCAGCAGUCCCGGUGCCCCAGCCGCGUCACUGCUCUGGACCCCGCCCGACUAUCCGCUGCCUCGCUUCUGGACAGUAAUCAUGACGAUGCUCCAUCCCAAGCUUUGCGGGUUACAAAACGGCCUUGCCAUUUGCUGGCUCUUGUGAUUCUCGCUCCCGCCCAACGAUGUGGACGCUGUCAUCACCUCCACUUUAUAGAUAGGAAAGCUGAGGCCCUGGGAAGCGAGGUGACUGUAUCUGUCUGAGGCCACGCGUGCCUCCAGUGACUACCUGUCUGCCACCUUACUCGCCUUCCAGCGGCUGAAGGUUCAGGUUCUCCAUCUAGACGGAUAGUUCUCCUUGGCUCCCCGCAGAGCGGUGAUAAUAUUCAGCUUAACAGCACAUAAGGAGACCACAGGACACCAGUCAGUGGUGAUGACAGACCCCGUGUUGGACUCACAGCCAACCAACAACACUGGGGAGAUGGAUGGACUAUGCCCGGAGCUAUUGCUGAUCCCCCCAUCUCUCUCUAACCGUGGAAUCCUGGAGCCCGUCCAGAGUCCCUGCCCUGCUGGGAACCCCACACCUUUGCCUGCUGACCCAGGCUGCCUACUGGUAGAGGCCACAGCAACUGAAGAGGACACAGGGAACAUGGAGAUCAUCGUGGAAGCAGUGGCUGGAAACCUGUCCCCAGGUGCUCCUGGAGAGACCCCAGGUGUCCUGGUAAAGGUGGUGGAGGUGUACUUCUGUGAGCGCUGUGAGCAGAGCUUUGCAGAGCCCACUCUGCUGGCCCUGCACCAGUGUGCUGAGCCCCUCAUACAACCUCUGCCGGGCCUCUCUGGCCCCCCAUGCUCCGUAGAGCUCACCCCCAGCAACCUCCCUCUCUCUGGCCCUGUGCAGGGGCAGGGCCUGCCAGAUAGCCCCCUGCCGUGCCCCGUGUGUAGACAGGAGUUUGCCCAGCCCCAGGCCCUGAAGAGCCACUUCAAGAGUCACCGGGGCCCUCCCGCCACCUUCCCCUGCCCGGAGUCCGGCUGUGCGUUCUCCGCGGAAGAUCGCAAGGCCCUGCAGCUCCACCUGAGGCAGGCCCAUGCCGCGGUCCCCGUGCCGUGCUCUUUCCGGGGCUGCCCCCUGCUCUUCGGGAGCCGGCAGGCCAUGGAGCUGCACCGACAGGCCCAUUACCCUUUCCACUGCAACCAUUGCAGCUUUAUGGGUUCCAACGUCAAACUCUUCCGGCAGCAUCAGCGGAGCCACGGGCCUGGGCCACAGGGAGAACUGUCUGCCCGGCAGGGUCCUCCGGCCCAGGAGCUGCUGCCAGCUCCCAAACUGUCCCCUAGAGGGGGAGAGCCAUCAGAACGAGCAGAGGCGCCCUUGCCCAGGGAGCAGUCAGCGGAUGAAGGGGAUGCGGAGGAAGAAGAGAGUGGCGCUCUGAAGGACACCCAGAAAGGCCUGGAGAAAGGCCAGGGAGCUCAGCAGUUAGAAGGGGUCGUGCCUCCUGGCACCGAGUCCCUCUUCAAGACCCACAUGUGUCCGGAGUGCAAGCGCUGCUUCAAGAAGCGAACGCACCUGGUGGAGCACCUGCACCUGCACUUCCCUGACCCCAGCCUGCAGUGCCCCAACUGCCAGAAGUUCUUCACCAGCAAGAGCAAGCUGAAGACGCACCUGCUGCGGGAGCUGGGCCAGAAGGCCCACCGCUGCCCGCUGUGCCACUACAGCGCCGUGGAGAGGAAUGCACUGAACCGCCACAUGGCCAGCAUGCACGAGGACAUUUCCAACUUCUACUCGGACACCUACGCCUGCCCCGUGUGCCGGGAGGAGUUCCGCCUCAGCCAGGCCCUGAAGGAGCACCUCAAGAGCCACACGGCGGCAGCCGCCACAGGGCCGCUGCCCCUGUGCUGCUUUCAGGAGGGCUGCGGCUACACGGCCCCCGACCGCAAGGCCUUCGUCAAACACCUGAAGGAGAGCCACGGCGCACGGGCUGUCGAGUGCCGCCAUCACUCGUGCCCCCUGCUCUUCGCCAGCGCCGAGGCCAUGGAGGCACAUCGCAAGAGCCACUAUGCCUUCCACUGCCCGCACUGCGACUUCGCCUGCUCCAACAAGCACGCGUUCCGCAAACACAAGAAGCAGGGCCACGCGGGCAGCGAGGAGCUGCGCUGCACCUUCUGCCCCUUCGCCACCUUCAACCCUGUGGCCUACCAGGACCACGUGGGCAAGAUGCAUGCCCAUGAGAAGAUCCACCAGUGCCCCGAGUGCGCCUUCGCCACCGCCCACAAGAGGGUGCUCAUUCGCCACAUGCUGCUGCACACCGGUGAGAAACCUCAUAAGUGUGAACUCUGUGAUUUCACAUGCCGGGACGUGAGCUACCUGUCCAAGCACAUGCUGACCCACUCCAACACCAAGGAUUACAUGUGCACUGAGUGUGGCUACGUCACCAAGUGGAAGCAUUACCUCAGUGUGCACAUGCGGAAACACGCGGGGGACCUCAGAUACCAGUGCAACCAGUGCUCUUACCGCUGCCACCGGGCCGAUCAGCUGAGCAGCCACAAGCUGCGCCACCAGGGCAAGUCCCUGAUGUGCGAGGUGUGUGCCUUUGCGUGCAAGCGGAAGUACGAGCUGCAGAAGCACAUGGCCUCCCAGCACCACCCGGGCCCGCCGGCCCCACUCUACCCCUGCCGCUACUGCAGCUACCAGAGCCGGCACAAGCAGGCGCUGCUGAGCCACGAGAAUUGCAAGCACACCCGUCUGCGCGAGUUCCGCUGUCCACUCUGUGACUACCGUACCUUCAGCAACACCACCCUCUUCUUCCACAAGCGCAAGGUCCAUGGCUACGUGCCCGGCGACCAGGUAUGGCAGCUCCGCUAUGCUGGCCAGGAGCCCGAGGGGGCUGGGCUGGGCCCAAUGCCCCCACUGGACUCCGAGCCCCCCAGCCAGCCGCCCGCCUCACCUGAGGGGCCAGACCGGGACCCUGCGCUGGCAGUGGAGCCCCACUCAGACCCGGCCCCGCCAGAGACCAGCGAGGAGGAGAGCACCGGCAGACAGGAUGGCAGUGGGGUUCCACAGGGGGACGACCUGGCUGGCAGCCCCAGUCUGGCGGAGGUUGAUGAGGGAGGGUGCACGCUGCACCUAGAGGCCUUGGGCGUAGAGCUGGAGCCCGUGGCUGAGCCACCCCUGGAGGAGAUCACCGAAACUACCCCGGUGGCCUUUAGGCCCCUGGAUCCCGCAGGGCCCCUGAGACUCGCAGGGUCAGAUGGAACUUUGACUGAGCUAUCUGCCUUUGAAGCUGCCGGGACUUCAGAUUUGGGUGCUGAAGAAGAGCCUGUUCCGGAAAAGCCAGUCCCAGAGGCCCCCCAAAACCUCCCUUCUUCAGAAGAGCCCCCUGACAGCUGGGCGGGAGCCUUGAAGGCCACUCUGCCCGCUGAGAGCACUCCGCUCCCCCAGUUCCCCGAGUCGGAGUCCCUGCUCAAGGCCCUGCGGAGGCAGGACAAAGAGCAGGCUGAGGCUCUGGUCCUGGAGGGGCGGGUUCAGAUGGUAGUCAUCCAGGGAGAGGGGCGCGCCUUCCGCUGCCCACACUGCCCGUUCAUUACCCGCCGGGAGAAGGCUCUGAGCGUGCACUGCAGGACCGGGUGCCAGGGCCGCCGAGGGCCCCUGCUGUGCCCCGAGUGUGGAGCCAGCUUCAAGCAACAGCGUGGCCUCAGCACCCACCUGCUGAAGAAGUGUCCCGCUCUGCUCAGGAAGAACAAGUCUUUGCCUGGACCGGGCUCCCCACUGCCCCCAGGUACCCAGGUCUCGGAGGACACAGAAGGUGGGAAGUCCCCCCCUGCCCCGCUAGAAGGAGAGCCAGCGCUCCCCAAAGAGGCUGCUGCUACACUUCCCGGGGAGCCAGAAGAAGUAGAGGAGCCCCCUGGCCCGCGCUCCAUGUCCGGGGAAGCCUUACCCGCAGAGACCCCUGAGAAGUUCCACUUCGAGCAGGGCAAGUUUCACUGCCACUCAUGCCCCUUCCUGUGCUCCCGGCUCUCCUCCAUCACCUCUCAUGUGGCUGAAGGCUGCCGGGGGGGCCGCAGCGGGGGAGGAAAGCGAGGGGCCUCUCUUCUGAGCCGUGGGGACUCCAUCUCCCCCAGCAGUGGGAGUGCAGAGGGCAGCCCCAGGACUGGGGACCCGGCACUGGCUCCAAAGCAGAAGGGGGCCCGCUUCUCCUGCCCGACGUGCCCCUUCAGCUGCCGCCAGGAGCGGGCCCUGAAGACGCACCAGAGCCGGGGCUGCCCCCUCGGAGAGUCUAGAGAGCUGCACUGCAGCCUCUGUUCCUUUACUGCCGCCGCUGCUGCCGCACUCAGGCUCCACCAGAAGAGGAGGCACCCCACCACCGCCCCCCCGGCCCGCGGGCCCCGGCCCCCACUCCAGUGCGGGGACUGUGGCUUCACCUGCAAGCAGAGUCGCUGCCUACAGCAGCACCGGCGGCUCAAGCACGAGGGAGUGAAGCCCCACCAGUGCCCCUUCUGUGACUUCUCCACCACUAGGCGGUACCGGCUGGAGGCCCACCAGUCCCGCCACACGGGGGUUGGCCGCAUCCCCUGCAGCUCCUGCCCGCAGACAUUCGGUACCAACUCGAAACUGCGCCUGCACCGGCUGCGGGUCCACGAUAAGACGCCCACCCACUUCUGCCCGCUGUGCGACUAUAGCGGCUAUCUGCGACAUGACAUCACGCGCCACGUCAAUAGCUGCCACCAGGGCACCCCCGCCUUUGCCUGCCCCCAGUGCGAGGCGCAGUUCAGCUCAGAGACAGCGCUCAAGCAGCAUGCACUGCGCCGGCACCCUGAGCCGCCCCCCACCACGCCAGGCUCCCCCGCCACCGAGGGCCCUCUGCGCUGCUCCCGCUGUGGGUUGCUAUGUGCCAGCCCGGCCAGCCUGCGGGGCCACACCCGCAAGCAGCACCCGCGACUGGAGUGUGGGGCCUGCCAGGAGGCCUUCCCCAGCCGGCCGGCCCUGGACGAGCACCGGCGGCAGCAGCACUUCAGCCACCGCUGCCAGCUCUGUGACUUCGCAGCCCGGGAGCGCGCGGGCCUGGUUAGGCACUACCUGGAGCAGCACGAGGAGGAAGAGGAGGAGGAGGCGGUGGUGGCAGGUGCAGAGACCCCGGAGGGCGGCGCAGGGGCCGGCCAGCGCCCCCUGCGCUGCCCCUUCUGUGACUUCGCGUGCCGCCACCAGCUGGUGCUGGACCACCACGUGAAGGGGCACGGCGGCACCCGGCUGUAUAAGUGCACCGACUGUGCUUACAGCACUAAGAACCGCCAGAAGAUCACCUGGCACAGCCGCAUCCACACGGGAGAGAAGCCCUACCGCUGCCACCUCUGUCCCUAUGCCUGUGCCGACCCCUCCCGCCUCAAGUACCACAUGCGGAUCCAUAGGGAGGAACGGAAGUAUCUGUGCCCUGACUGUGGCUACAAGUGCAAGUGGGUCAACCAGCUCAAGUACCACAUGACCAAGCACACAGGCUUGAAGCCAUACCAGUGCCCCGAGUGCGAGUAUUGCACCAACCGGGCCGACGCGCUGCGCGUGCACCAGGAGACUCGGCACCGGGAGGCACGGGCCUUCAUGUGUGAGCAGUGCGGCAAGGCCUUCAAGACUCGCUUCCUGCUGCGCACCCACCUCCGCAAGCACAGUGAAGCCAAGCCCUACGUGUGCAACGUGUGCCACCGUGCUUUCCGCUGGGCCGCCGGCCUGCGCCAUCAUGCCCUCACCCACACCGACCGGCACCCCUUCUUCUGCCGCCUCUGCAGCUACAAGGCCAAGCAGAAGUUCCAGGUGGUGAAGCAUGUGCGCCGGCACCACCCAGACCAGGCCGACCCGAACCAAGGAGUGGGGAAAGACCCCACCACCCCCACGGUGCACCUGCAUGAUGUGCAGCUGGAGGACCCCAGCCCUCCUGCUCCUGCUGCUCCCCCAACAGGACCCGAGGGCUGAGUGCCUGCCCCCUCCCCCACCAUCACAGAGGGGGUGGUCCCACAUGUGCAGACCUGCAGACCGGAAGCAGAGCCCGCCUGCGGCUCCAGGGCCUAAGGGAGGGCUGGCUUCGAGGUUUCAGGGGCUCAGGCUGUAGUACUGGGACGCUGAUGGCCGUAUAAAGGAGUGACAUGGACCACAGAUUGAUUUCCGGUUGAGACACCCUAUGUUUCUAACCUGUGAGUUCCCGCUUCCUUCAUCGCUCCCCUAGAGCCCCCGGCUCUAAGACCUUGGUUUCGCCCAUUAUGUCUUCCCCUUCCUCCUUGCUCUGUCCAGUCCUGUGUUUUUCCAGCACCCUCCAGACAGUUGUAUCUGACCGCAUGUGCUGUUGCGCCUCCUGCUCUCUGAAGCAUGUUAAACAGUGGUGACGAGCUUACCGAUGCAUCCAUGUCCCUCACUGAGCACAGCUGGGCUGUCCUCUCGCUCUGGCCGGUUCCCUAUCACACCUCUGCCUCUCCUUUGUCUCCUUCCAUCUUCACCGAGGGAUUCCGAAAUGUUCUGGGUCUGCCUUCUCUCUGCCCUUGAGCCUGUCUUCUCGGCCCUUGCCCUGCUCCUUAUUUCUGAGCUCCGAGGUCUACUUGUAGGCCGCGCAGUCAGCCUCCCCCUGGAAGUAGCUUUAAUUCUGCCUCCAUCCUCUGCCUCCAUCCUCAGCCUGGCCCAGCAGCUGCACAGGAGUUAAAUCACAAGUCAGUGGGAAAGGCUCAGGACUUGAGGGAAGGGGGCCAGUGAGACUCUGUAAUCCAGAAUUCCGUGAGUUCCUCACAGUGACCGUAUGCUCAAUCAUUGAAACUGUGACACACUGGGGAAAUGACAAAAGGUACUUUUAAUAAUUGUAGUGGGGCGGUAGGCAUAGCCUGGGACUGUUCCAGGCAAACUCUUGGGAGGGUGUGGAUCAUGUAACCCUUUGUCUCCUCCUUUCGUCCUUGGAGGCCAUACUUCUUCUGUAUCCUUCUAUGUAGCACAUGCCGCGGGGGCGGGGGGGGUGGACACUUAUUUUUCCACUCCUUCCCUGCCCCAACUGUCUCCCCAAGUGUCCCCCAAGCUUCAUGCCUCCUCUUCUUGCCCAGCAACAGACCAUACUCAAGCCAAACUGGGUAGAAAAGCUCUAUUAUUACAGGUGGGGAGAGGGGAGAGCAGUCCAGUGGGGACUCGGGGCUGUGCAGUGUUCUCUCACGAGUCGUGGUAUGGUCUUGGGGGUCUGCCAUCCUCCCCCAGCCUUUGCCUGGGGAGCCUUGAGGCUCGAUUUCUCUUUCCCUUGGCUCUGGGCUUCGAGGCAGUUCGGGUGGAGGGGGUAAUGCCUCUUUGUGUCCCUCUGGUCCAGGCCCCACUCGGGCUGUCCAGCUGCAGCCAGCCUUUGGGCCAGGGCCGACGAGAGAGAUUAGUCCUAGAUCUGGGCAGGGGAUUGAACCUAUGGCAAGAGGAAAGAAGGAAGUCCAGUAGAGAGUAUAUGAAGGAAGGGGACAGAAAGGAUACCACAGACGUGGAGAAACGAAGAAAGGGAAGAGAGUGAAAAAUCAGGCCCUAGGUGUACUUGUUAGGAAGAGUGAGGUAAUUUUUGUGCUUAGGAAUGCACAGUCCAAAACGAUGGUUUUCACCACCUCUCUUUGCUUUCGGGAGAGUCCUUCCAGGUUUUUCUUACUACCUCAAGCCAGUGCACCCACCCUUCCCAAGAAGGGCCCACCUUAGGAUUCAUCCCCCUCCGGCCCUUCCCGGAUGCUGAUAUGCACGAAGAUGGAAGCCGGGUGGAGGCUGAUGCCAUCCUUGGAGAGCAGGUGUACAUGG